AUGGAGCAGCUUGCCCAGUUUGUCUCUAAAAGCUUCGACAAUAACGCGACUGUGGCGACCGGCGGCGGCGGCGGCGGCGGCGGCGGCGUCGAGGCCGGCUGCAGGACCGCCGGUGGCAGGAUCACUCUUAGUGUCGCGCACCUCAUCGGCGAUGCCGCGGACGACGUCGAUCGGCAUGAAGGCGCGUUGGCGCGCGAAGGCGCGCAAGAGACGGCUGCUGGUGUCGAAGCGAGCGGCGGGACCGUCGAAGAGCCGCCGCCGUCGCCGGAAGGUCGGUUACAACCGGAGGAUCUCUCCGUCACGGCCAAGAUCAAGGACAUGAGGGACACUGCGGAUAGCCUGCCACCCCUGAAGACGCCUGAGCUGAAGCUAUCAGUGCGAAAGCUGUUGGGAUGCACCCCCUCACCGCCGCCUAUAUCGAGGGAUCGAUCGCCCAGUCCGGAGAACUGCAUCGAAUUGAAAAGUCAAAGCUCGAGUGACGGCAAAAUCAUCCCCAACGACGUCAAGGUGUCUUCGCAGGUCUCAAGGUCAAGCGGGCAGUGUCAAGAGGAUUCCACCAAGGGAUCCAGUUGUCGGGGUAACGCGAAUGGAAACGGCAAGCAGAGGAGGUCGCGGACAAACUUCACCAUCGAGCAACUGGCCGAGCUCGAGAGACUCUUCGACGAGACGCAUUAUCCCGACGCGUUCAUGAGGGAAGAGCUGAGCCAGCGACUCGGCCUCAGCGAGGCCCGAGUGCAAGUCUGGUUCCAAAAUCGACGCGCCAAGUGUCGUAAGCAUGAGAGCCAAUUGCAUAAAGGUGUUGCCGGAAGCAUGGUGCUGGCGCCGCGCAGCCCGCCGACCACCUUGGAGCCAUGCCGGGUGGCGCCUUACCUACCGGCUUUGAGGCUGCACCCGCCGCCGAUGCAGGGAACAGGAGCGGCGAGUGUCACUGUGGGAUCGGCCUUCGACCCGGCAGUUCUGCACUACGCAGCGGCCGGCGGUCUCUUCUGUCUGCCGCCACCGCCGCCGCCGCCCCCGACUGCUCCCUCGGCCGGCCAUCACCCUCAUCCGCUGAGUUUGGCAGCGUCGUUGGCCGCCGCAGCAGCCCGCUCCAAGAACAGCAGCAUCGCCGACCUGAGGCUGAAGGCGAGACGGCACCAGGAGGCCUUAGGGCUCGAUAGGCCCGCGUAA